AUGAGUGUCUCUUAAAAUUAGUAAUAAAUAUAUGAAGAACUAAUGGUAAUCAAAUUAUUUUACUAUAUCAGGAAAAAAUAAAGUAAAAUUCAGAGAUAAAAGAGAAAUUUGAUAGCAGAACUUAAAAUGGAUUAUUAGAUAAGGACUAUGCACAUGAAAUCUUGAUAGAUUGGAGCGAAUUACUUAAUUAUGAUCUCGGUGAUGCAAUUACUUAUUUUGAUCUCGAUAACCCUGACAUACCUCCUGAAGAGAUCAGAUAGCACUUAGAUUUUGACAGUUUCAUUAAUCUGGUGGACAAAUGGCUAUNUCAUUAUCAUUCCAAGCUUAAUUGA